CUCUCGGCCAGCCUCCGCUCUCUUCUGGCCGUAAUUCCCAAUUGGGUAUCCUGCACACGUCUCUCGUCGCGUGUCCGCCUCUCGAGCGCCCAAAAAUCUUGUUGAUUAUUUUACGUGUUCGAUCUGCUCCCAGCACAAACCCACGGAUCUUGCCUUGGUUUGAUUUAACUACUGAUUUUUCAUAAGCACCACAUUUAUCUCAUUCUCUAAAUUCCAGUUAUGUCCUCAUACGAAGUCGGCACCCAGUGCUGGUACCCCGACGAGACGCUCGGCUGGAUUGGUGUGGAGAUUACGUCGCACAAACGCGAGGGCGGCAAGACAAUGUUAGGCCUCAAAAGCGAGGCCGAUGGCAGCUCGCUCACCGUUUCAACCGCUGGCCCGCUUGACGAUACUAAUAGCGACCUCCCGUUGCUCAGAAAUCCGCCGAUUUUGGAAGCCGCCGAGGACUUGACCUCUUUAUCGUACCUCAACGAGCCGGCGGUGUUGCAUGCGAUCAAGGUGCGGUAUUCGCAGAUGAACAUCUACACGUAUUCGGGUAUCGUGUUAAUCGCCACGAACCCGUUCCAGCGGGUCGAUCAGUUAUAUUCCCCGGAUAUCAUCCAGUCUUAUUCGGGUAAGCGCCGCGGCGAGUUGGAACCGCACUUGUUCGCCAUCGCCGAGGAGGCCUACCGCUGCAUGAAGACCGACGGCGAGAACCAGACCAUCGUCGUUUCCGGGGAGUCCGGGGCCGGGAAGACCGUUUCCGCCAAGUACAUCAUGCGCUACUUUGCCUCCGUCAAAGAGCUCGACUCGGCCGUCGGCUCACACACCCCCACGGACAUGUCCGACACCGAGAAGCAGAUUCUUGCAACCAACCCCAUCAUGGAGGCUUUUGGUAACGCCAAGACCACCAGAAACGACAACUCCUCGCGGUUCGGGAAGUACUUGGAGAUCUUGUUCGACAAGGGAACCAACAUCAUCGGGGCACGAAUCAGAACCUACUUGUUGGAGCGUUCCAGACUCGUGUUCCAGCCGAAGAUUGAGCGGAACUACCACAUCUUCUACCAGCUUAUCGCCGGUGCCACCGCUGAGGAGAGAGAAAAGUUCUCCUUGGCCAAGGUCGAGGACUACUACUAUCUCAACCAGGGCGGGGAGGCGAGGAUUGCCGGGAUCGACGACGUGGCAGAGUUCAAGAUCACCAACGAAGCUCUUUCGAUGAUCGGGAUCAAGGAUGACCAGCAGUUUGAGAUCUACCAGAUUCUUGCAGCGUUGUUGCACAUGGGUAACAUCGAAAUCACCGCCACCAGAAACGACGCCCAUUUGUCGUCCGAAGACCCGGACUUGAUCAAGGCGUGUGAUCUCUUGGGCAUUGACGCGUACAACUUCAGCAAGUGGAUCGUCAAGAAGCAGAUCACCACCAGAUCCGAGAAGAUCAUCUCCAACUUGAGCCACAAACAGGCGAUCGUUGCCAGAGACUCGGUCGCCAAGUACAUUUACUCCGCCUUAUUCGACUGGUUGGUUGAGUACGUCAACAUAGAUUUGUGUCCAGAGGAGGUGGUGGCCCACGUGGCGUCCUUCAUUGGGGUGCUCGACAUUUACGGCUUUGAGCACUUCGAGAAGAACUCGUUCGAGCAGUUCUGCAUCAACUACGCGAACGAAAAGUUACAGCAGGAGUUCAACCAGCACGUGUUCAAGCUCGAGCAGGAGGAGUACAUCCGUGAGGAGAUCGAGUGGUCCUUCAUCGAGUUUGCCGACAACCAGCCGUGCAUUGACUUGAUCGAAAACAAGUUGGGGAUUCUCGCGUUAUUAGACGAAGAGUCCAGAAUGCCCGCCGGCGCGGACGAGUCCUGGAUUGAGAAGAUGUACCUGACUUUGGACAAGGCGCCAACCAACGCUGUCUUCAAGAAGCCUAGAUUCGGCAACACCAAGUUCAUUGUCUCUCACUACGCUUUGGACGUUGCCUACGAUGCUGAAGGGUUUAUCGAGAAGAACAGAGACACCGUUAGCGAGGGUCAUCUUGACACGUUAAAGGAGACGUCGAACUCCUUGUUGAAGGGAGUUUUGGCAACUAUUGAUCGAAAUGCCGAGAAGUUGGAGACCGCCAAGGCUGCCGCCGCCGCCGCUGCGGGCCCGGGGAGACGGGUGGUGAACAAGAAGCCAACGUUGGGGUCCAUCUUCAAGACCUCUUUGAUCGAGUUGAUGAAGACGAUUGAGUCUACCAACGUCCACUACAUCAGGUGUAUCAAGCCGAACGAGGAGAAGAAGGCCUGGGAGUUUGACCCGUUGAUGGUCUUGUCUCAGUUGCGUGCCUGCGGUGUGUUGGAGACCAUCCGCAUUUCGUGUGCUGGGUUCCCAACCCGGUGGACUUACGCGGAGUUUGCCGACCGUUACCACAUUUUGGUCUCUAGCGAGAUCUGGAACUCCGUUCUCAACGGCAGCGCGUCUGAAGACCAGAUCCGCCUGUUGUGUAACAAGAUCUUGGAGAAGUCAGUGGCCUCUAAGGAAACCUACCAGUUGGGUAACACCAAAAUCUUCUUCAAGGCCGGUAUGUUGGCUGUCCUCGAGAAGAAGAGGACGGACACCUUGCACAACGCGGCCGUGAUGAUCCAGAAGAACGUCCGCAUGAUUAUCUACCGCAACCAGUAUCUCCAGGCGAGAGCGUCAAUCAUCGACGCCCAGGCGUUGUUCCGUGGCUUUUCCGCCAGGGUUAGAGUCCAGAAGGCUAUCGAGGAGCACGCCGCGACCAAGAUUCAGACCGCCUCGAGGGGAUUCCUCGCCCGGAAGCGCUUCAGCAGCACGCAGAGAAGCGUGGUUACCAUUCAGUCCGCCAUUCGUGGGAUCCAGACCAGGCGCAAUGUCACCAAGUUCCGCACUGAGAAAUCGGCCGUGGCGUUGCAGCAGGCCUGGAGAAACUACACCGGCAGGCGCGACUUCAAGGCUAUGGCCCGGGCCGCCCUCUACGUGCAGUGCUGUCUUCGUCGCCGUCUCGCGAAAAUCGAGUUCCGCAAGCUCAUGGCGGAGGCCAAGUCGGUCAACCGUUUGAAGGAGGUUUCCUACACGUUGGAAAACAAGGUGAUUGAGUUGACCCAGUCGUUGUCGGCCAAGAUCACCGAGAACAAGCUGUUGAUCGCCCAGAUCACCACCUUACAGGGCUCUCUUGCCGAGAGCGGUGAGUCCAGGGAGAAGUUGAAGGCCAGAGAGGCCGAGCUUAGCUCGCAGUUCGAUUUGCAGAGCGCCCAGCACCUCCAGGAGACCGGCGCCAUCAAUGCCGACUUGGCGAGGGUCAGAGACGAGUUUGUCCAGGCAGAGGCUAAGAUCCAGGAGUUGACGUCCGACCAGAACGCUUUGAAGGAGGAGGUCCGCAAGCACUUGGAGGAGUUGGAACAGGCCAAGGAAGAAAUCGCCCAACGAAACGCGGUGGAGGGCGAUUUGAAAUCCACCAUCUCCCAGUUGAAGGCCGAGCUCGCCAUUUUGGCGGCUCAGGGCCCGGUGGCGAACGGCAGAGCUGACAAAUCUCGCCUGGUGACCAACGGCCAGUGGAACGGCCAACCGGUGUCGAUCAUUCCUGUUUCCGGGAAGGAGGAAAUCAACGCCAACUCCAUUAACGAGGAGUUGUGGAACCUCUUGCAGGACUCCAAGUCGUUACACAAGGAGAUUGUCGACGGGUUGUUGAAGGGGCUAAAGAUCCCGCCUGCUGGUGUGGCUGCUGAUUUGACGAGAAAGGAAGUCCUCUUCCCUGCCAGGAUCAUCAUCAUUAUUCUCAGCGACAUGUGGAGACUCGGUUUCACCAAGGAGAGCGAGGAGUUCUUGGGCGAAGUCUUGUCUGUGAUCCAGGAAAUUGUUUCGGCCUUGAAGGACGAGGAUAUCAUUGCCCACGGCGCCUUCUGGUUGUCCAACACCCACGAGUUGUACUCCUUUGUCAGCUAUGCCCAGUCCACCAUCAUUGAAAACGACGCCAUCUCCAACGAGAUGACCGAGCAGGAGUACGACGAGUACUUGCGCUUGGUGGCUGUCGUGAAAGAAGAUUUUGAGUCUCUUUCGUUCAACAUCUACAACAUGUGGAUGAAGAAGUUGGAGAAGGACUUAGAAAAGAAGGCCAUCUCCGCAGUGGUGUUGUCCCAGUCUUUACCGGGCUUUAUGGCGCCAGAAUCCUCACCCUUUUUGGCUAAGGUGUUUUCCCAGGGCACUCAGUACAAGAUGGACGACAUAUUGAGCUUCUUCAACGCGGUUUACUGGUCUAUGAAAACGUACUUCAUUGAGUCCGAGGUCAUGAAGGAGGUGGUUGUGGAGUUAUUGCGCUUUGUCGACGCCUUGUGUUUCAACGACUUGAUCAUGAGACGUAACUUCUUGUCGUGGAAGAGAGGUUUGCAGUUGAACUACAACGUCACCAGAUUGGAGGAAUGGUGCAAGGCUCACGACAUUGAUGACGGUUCCAGCUACUUGUCCCAUCUCUUGCAAGCCGCCAAGCUUUUGCAGUUGAGAAAGAACACCACCGACGAUAUUGAUAUCAUCUACGAGAUUUGCUAUGACUUGAAGCCGUCGCAGAUUCAGAAGAUAAUCUCCCAAUACCAUGUGGCGGACUACGAAACCCCAAUCGCGCCGGAUGUUCUCAGAGCCGUGGCCGAUAAGGUGAAGAGUCACGGCGGGAAUGAGGAUUACUUUGAGGCGUUGUCUCCAGAAGAUCAUUUUGAGGAUCCAUUCAGAAACAUUCCGUUAAGACCGUUCUCCAGGGUGGAGGCGUACGUUCCGGCCUGGUUGAACUUGCCGAUUAUCCGCAGAAUCAUCGAGUUGGUUGCCAAGAACGCCAGUGUCCAGGACACAGCCGACGAUGGUUACGAAGAGAGCCAUCCGUUGAGCUAGAAGCCUGGUCGAAGGCUAGGGCCACCCGUCGCUACUAGAUUACGUUUGUCCCGGGUACUCUUGCGGUGGAGAAACUGUAAAC